AUGAUGGCGGUGCGUGCACGCGCAGCGGCAGUAAUGGCUGCUCUGGAUCGGCGGAUUCCGAGUCUCGAUGAUUUCGUAGGCCAGAGCUGGAACUCCUGGAUAGACAGAGCCAGCGCUUUUGUAUCGGAAGCAUGUGAUGUGGAGGAGUGCAGCAAGAAUGGAAAGAAAAAGGCUGAAACCAUGACACUCAGGAAGGAAGACAUGUCAAUCUUUGGCCACUGCCCGGCACAUGACAGCUUCUACCUGGUGGUGUGCAGCCACUGCGGGCAGGUGGUGAAGCCCCAGGCCUUCGAGCGGCACUGUGAGAGGCGACAUGGGCCUCUCGGGAAGCUGUACAGCCGCCUGCACUGCCCCCCCUCCACCACACCCCCGCGGCCCCGCCCCCUGGGCACCCCGGCCUUGCACGGGAUGCCUCGUAUCGCGCGGGACAGCAGGCCUCCUCACACCCUGCCACAACCUCCCCUGUCCCUUUCACAGCACGGACCCGCCAAGGAGGGCGCCAGCUUUGUGCCAGUGGGCGGAGUCUCACCAACACCACAUCUAUCAGAUCCCCCUCCGUUUCCUGCGUCCCCUGGGUCCCGAGAACCCCUGUGGCAGCAUCGGGGUGGUCCGUCUCCUUCAGAGAAGCUCCUCCAGAGGAGGGGGGAGGCAGGGGGCCCCCCAGACCUCCCUAUCGCACUGCGUGGCCCCAGGACCUACAGUAAGACCUACAAGAAGGUUCCCAAAAAAGAGUGUGACCUGGACAAGCACUGUGGUGUGAUGGACCUGGAGAAGAAGAAGCUCUGCACCAGACUACUGACAUGCAAUAUCCACUCCAUCCACCAGCGCCGGCAGGUUCUGGGCAGGAGCAAGAACUUUGAUCAGCUGGUGGCGGAGCUGAAGAUGAAGGUUCGAGAGCGAGCAGCGCCAGUCAGGGAGGUGCCAGACAGGGGCUCACCCAGCCCGGAACCCCCUGCAGGGACCAUGGGGACCCCACUCUGUAAACGACGGCUCCCAAACUGCACAGCAGACAGAUCCAGGACUCCUUCAGGGAGCGGGGCGGAGGAGGGGGUCCGCGGGGAGGAGCAGGACCCGCAGCCCCCACACCCCCCACACCCCCCCUCUAACAGCCGGCUGUCCAGUGAUGAGAGCGACGGGGAGGGGCAGGAGGACCCCAUGGUCCUGCCCUGUACCUCCUGGCACCCCAAACCGCUGGCGCUCUGCUCCUUUGGGAGUCACGCUUUGGGUCGCAGUGUCUUCACCUUCGACCGUCGGCUGCAUCACCUGCGAUCAGCCCUGCACGCCAUGGUGGAGCAGCACCUCAGCGCCCACUUGUGGAAGAAAAUACCUCAAGCUGCAGACCUCCAGUCACAGCGCAGCAUUGUACCGCCCCCAGCCACCACAGCCUCUUCUCACUUCAACUCCCAGCAUUCCACGGGAAGCACUCCAGGAGGGGCAGGGCCUCAAAGCGGUUCCUCCCUCAGGACUGGUACUUCCUCUUCUUCGUAUGGGGCAGGGAGGGAGGUACGGCCACUGAACUGCUCCCCCAGUCCUGGCACCGCCUGCGGACUAUCAGAGAGUAGGGGUGGCAGUCAGCCAAUCACCUCGCCCCUCCUCGCCAACACUCCCUCCAGCAUGGGGCGGCCGCGUAACCCCGUGGGCAGGCCCAGCAAGCAGCAGCAGCAGCCCUCCCCCACUGGGCGUAAGAGGAAGAAAUCCCCUCCGGGGGACACCUCUCCUAUUCGUGACAGGAACUGGCCUGCCCUGGAAAGAAGCCGGCUGCCAGUCAUUUCCAAGACCACGCCCUGCCCCUCCACCUCCCCUCACGGACCAAUCAACGGCACUCUCUCCCCAGGCAGCAAGCCAUGCCCCCAACCUCCAUCCCCAGGGCCGCACUUACCCUCCCUGGGACUUACCAAGCGCCCUCCUCCCCCAGUCCUAUCCCAGCCCCCACCUCCUGACCCUUCCUCUCGAGGUAGGGGGGGCGGCCCAGGGUUACACCGAAAAGCAGUCAGCUACGACCACAAGGGCCUUGGCAAGAAGCGAAAGAGCAGCGGUGCCCCAGCCCUGGGCCCCUCGCGCCCCUCCAAACUGCACCGCCUCUCUGCCUCCUCACACUCAGGCUUCUUCUCCUGGAAGAAGGACGGCAAAGCGGCUGCGCUGUCCGCAGAGAUGGACAGGAAACUCAGCACACAGAAGCCAAAACUGCAUCACUGAGAGUGCCUGCCUUAAGCACCACUGGGAGAAGCAGAAGCCUAUAGCAGACUGUUGUCAUGGACUGUAGACACCAGGCACUAGAAGUGUGUGUAUGCUUGUGUGCUGAAAUCAGUAGGAAUGUUUGUAUGUGAGAGAGAGUGGAUGUGUGA